AUGAUUGGAAUUCGGGAAGAUUUUACCAUGUCAUCCUCUUCAACAAACCCCAACUCGUCCAUCAGUACAGCAGUGGCCGCUUUGAUCUUGCAGCAACAGCUUCAGCAGCAGCAGCAGACCGCCUCGUCUUCGUCUGCUCCUUCUUUCAACAGCGCCACCGCUCAAGCCAUCUUGAAGCACCAAGAAGAUCAGCUCCGUGCGACUCGUUUGUUGCUUCAGCAGCGUCAGCUGGAUGAAAUCAUGGCCGCAGGAGCAUCCACCUCUGCUGCAAAUACUUCCUCCAGUCGAUCCAACAGCUUCCUGGCCCGUGCUCCCGCUUCCGGUCUCUUGGGUCUGUCGAACGCAGCAGCCCUGACCGCUGCUUGCUCGGGUGGUCAAGAGUCUUCUUUGGCUGCCCUUGCCGCUCAUGCCGUCCGUCGUGCCUCUUCGACCGUCUCUUCUGCUUCUGUCAUGGAAGCCGCUUCUCAGGUUGCCGCUGAAGAAGAUGACCAGCUGGACGAGGAAGAUCAGAUGGGAGACGAAGAGUACUUCAAGGCCUUUACUCUCAAGGAAGGGAAGUCAGAAGAUGGGUCUGCAUCAGACUCGGAUGACAAGGCCGGCAACGAGAGUUUCCCCCACAAGCUCUACCGCAUGCUCUAUGAAGCUGAGCAGGAUGGUCAUGCCAGGAUUGUCUCCUUCCUGCCUUCAGGACGGGGCUUUACCAUCCACAAGCCCAAGGAAUUCGUCUCCUCCAUCAUGCCCAAGUACUUUACCACUCGUCGCAUCGCCUCCUUUCAACGUCAGUUGAAUCUGUACGGCUUUCGCCGCAUUUCGGAGGGCAAGGAGAAGGGUGCCUACUUCCACAAGGACUUUGUCAAGGGCAAACGCUCUCGCAUCCAACGAAUCAAGCGCAAGUCCACAGCUUCUCGUCCGUCUGUGACCGCCUUUGCCCAGCGCUUUGCCACGGCGCCUCUUCAGUUCCCAGUUGGUGCCCCCAGCAUGUACGGUGCCAAUCCCUUGCUCGCUUCGACCGCCCCAUCUGUCAACAAGGACUUGCUCUUGGCCCGCAUGGCCGCGGCGGCUUCUUCUCAGCCCAUGGACUCGGCCUCUUUGUUGGAGAUGACCCGCCAGGGUUUGCUGGCCAGCGCCCCCACCCAUGCUGGCAGUCAUCAGGACAUUCUACGCAACGCUGCUGCCUCUUUGCUCUUCAAGAAUGGCAACAAUGGCAGCCCCUUCUAA